AUGGGUAUAUCUUUUGAUAUAACUGAAAUCAGCAAAGUGUCUAUAAGCAAGAAAACCUUUAGAAGAAUGUGUAAUCUCCGAUUCCUCAGAGUUUACAAAAGCAGAAUUGAUAGAGAUGUUGAAGUGCACAUACCAGAGGAGAUGGAGUUUCCACAUGGACUGAGGUUUCUACAUUGGAAGCCAUACCCAAGCAAGUGUCUCCCUUCUACGUUUCACCCUGAAUAUCUUGUGGAACUCGAUAUGCAGCAUAGCCAGCUCGAAAAGCUUUGGGAAGGAACCCAGCCGCUUGCAAAUCUCAAGAAGAUGAAUUUGUCAGGGUCAUGGGAUUUGAAAGAGGUUCCAGAUCUUUCAAAUGCCACGAACCUCGAGUUAUUGGAUCUGAGCGGCUGCAUGAGUUUGGUAGAGAUUCCAUCCUCUAUUUCAAAUCUUCAUAAACUACAGGAACUGAUGAUGAUGUUCUGCAUAAACCUAGAAGUAAUUCCAGAGGGGUUGAACUUGAUGUCUAUUGAAACAGUCAAUAUGGUGGGGUGCUUACGAUUAAGAACCUUUACCCAAAGUUUCAUGCCUUUCAACCUAAGACAUAUUUUUCUUACCAGCUGCGAGAAACUCCAAUCAUUGCCAGACACUGUUUCUACUGAACUCAUAACCCUAAUUGCGAACAAUUGCCAGUCACUCUAAAGAGUACCCAACUGUUUUCACUCUACAAAAGUGGCACUCAAUUUUAUUAGUGAACUUAGCUCUACAAAAGCUCAAGUUCAAACAUCAACUCAAACUCCCGCCAUAACAAGACUUACUCGAAGAAGAAAAGGGAAAAGCUAAGACGUAUGAAGAAGACAUACCUUGUGCUGUUCUCCAAUUGAAGUGUGACAGCUCAGACUCAAGUGAUCAACGGUCACAAAGAGUUAGUCUUUCCCAAAAGAAGCUUGACGACAAAACACAGCUCAAGACCAGUACGGAUAGAGCGUUUUGUGUAAAGCUGUCCGAUGCAUUCUCAGCCCUUGAUGGAGAAGCUGAUACCGGAUGAAGCCAUCUGUCUUAGCUUAGGGCUUUCACUUGCUUUUUCUUCUUUGUAUAAAUAUGCAACCUUUGUAAGAGAACAGCCUCUGAUGCUGAAAUGAAUAAAGAUUGAAACUUUAUCUUCUUCAUCUUGUGUGUGAUAUUGAGGUUUCUUAUAUGGUAUCAGAGCCAU